AAUUACAGACUUUUGGCAAGGAGAAUUGUCUUUAACAUAGAAGGGACUGGAGAUGCAGUAUCGGAGUGCUUUUUCUGUUGUUUACCUUCGGAGCAGACGAUUCUCGUUCUUCUAGUUCUCCUGCAUAGAGCAGCUAAGAGCCAGGUACACAGUGUCUGCUCAGAUACUGUAGUAGUUUCUCCAGGAAAUCUAGUCAUGUUAAAACACAGCCUAUUUUUGUUCACUUUUGGACUAACUUUAACUGGAAAACCUUUUUGGAUAAAAGGUGUAUCUUCUGAACAGACAUCCAGACUUUCUACAUUAGAAAUAAUUAUUCCUCGAAGUCUGACAGACAGAGAGAAACAUGACCCAUUCUUUCAUGAGGAGCAUUCAGAUGACAAUCUUUCUUAUUCAGUUAAAACCAGAAAUGGAACGUAUCUCCUAAAACUGAAGAAAAAUAAAAAGCUUGUUAGCGAAGACUUUAUGCUAUAUACAUAUGGGAAAAAUGGGAAACUGGAGGCAACACAAUCAAAAACUGAGACACACUGUUAUUAUCAUGGCACUGUUGAAGGAAUUGCUGACUCAGUGCUUGCUCUUAGCACGUGCAAUGGCCUUAGAGGAAUUCUCUACAUUGGUGGCAAAUGGUACGGAAUGGAGCCGCUUAACACAUCCAGCACGUUUCAACACAUGUUUUACCAGUUAGAAGAUAUGCAGGAUAUCCCCUUCCAAUGUGGUGUGCUGAGUGGCAGCCUUCAUCACAAGGAGAUGUUUGUGAAGCAGUCUGUGAAAUACACGUUUUUAUCAAACAGUACCUCUAGCAGGGAAAAUGUUUUGAGGAAGAAGCGAGCUGUCCUGCCACAGAAAAGCUAUGUGGAAUUAUUUGUGGUUGUGGAUAACAACAGGUUUUUGCUGAAGAAAUCUGAUCCUGUUGCUGUGCAAAAGGAAACAGUUGAGCUGAUUAAUUAUGUUGAUGGGAUGUAUAGAGCAUUAAACAUCCAGAUUGUUUUAGUUGGAUUAGAGAUCUGGACAGAUACAAACCACAUACCUGUAAUGGAUGGUUCAGCUGGAGAUGUACUGAGUAGAUUUGUUUCUUGGAGACAGAAUGAUCUUCUUAAACGAUCACGAAAUGACGUUAGCCAUCUCAUAAUAGGGAGAAGCUCUUACGAUGGAUCCAUUGGAAUGGCUUUUGUAGGUACCGUCUGCUCACAAGUCCAGGGAGGGUCAAUCAGCACUUUGAAUCAUAACAAUGUGUUACGUCAUGCUACAGUAGUUGCACAUGAAUUGGGGCAUAAUCUUGGAAUGAAACAUGAUGAUAAAAGGUGUCCUGCAUCCUAUAUUAUGCACAGCACAGAUAAUGGAUCCAGGAAUUUCAGCACCUGCAGUGCUGAUGAUUUUGAGAACCUUAUUCUAAAUGGAGGUGGAAACUGCCUUAGAAAUCCUCCCAAGACAAGUAAUGUUUACAAGGAACCUGUCUGUGGUAAUAAUGUGGUUGAUAGCAAUGAAGAAUGUGACUGUGGCAAACCGCAGGAAUGUACUAACCCUUGCUGUGAUGCUGCAACCUGCAAACUCACACCUGGAUCACAGUGCGCUCAGGGACUGUGCUGUAAAAACUGCAAGUUUAAAGUGGCAGGAGCAGAGUGCCGAUCGAAAAUGGAUUUCUGUGAUCUCCCUGAAUACUGCAAUGGAAGCAAUGCCUACUGCCCAGACGACGUUUAUAUCAUGAAUGGUUACCCAUGCGACAACAUGAAGGCUUAUUGCUACUAUGGAGUAUGCCAGAGUUUUGAUUCACAAUGUGAAUCUAUAUAUGGAAAAGGGGCACGAAAAGCACCUGAUGUAUGCUUUGAAAGAGCAAAUAUUAAAGGAGAUAGGUUUGGAAACUGUGGAAUGAGAGGUGGAGUAUACAAGAAAUGUCCUAUUCAGCAUAGUCUGUGCGGCAAGCUCCAGUGCACAUCUGUUAGUCUUCAAAACCUUCCUGCUUGGAGUGUUGUCAAUAAUGCAUCUGGGGUUUUAUGCUGGUCUUCUGACUUUGACUUAGGAUCAGACGUCCCUGAUCCUGCUCAAGUUCAUGAUGGAACAGUCUGUGGAGAAAAGAAGGCCUGUGUAGAUUUUGAAUGUGUUGAUGCAAGUCAUCUGGGCUACAGCUGUGAUGUAAAGCAGAAGUGUAAUGAUAAUGGGGUGUGUAACAACAACGGGAACUGCCACUGCAACUCUGGAUGGGCACCGCCGUUCUGCAACCAGUCAGGCUACGGCGGCAGCGUUGACAGUGGUCCAGCUCACAUAGAUACAUCACUUCGGGAUGGUCUGCUUAUUUUUUUCCUCCUUGUGUUGCCAGCAGUAAUCAUUACUGUAUUAGCAGUAAUUAAGCGUGAUGCAAUAAAAAGAAGGUUUUGCAGGAAAAGUAGAAGACAACACAGGGAAAACGAUGUGCAGGAACCAAAGCAAAGUAACAGACCAAGUCAUAACACAGGAAAUAAUCAGCCUGCCACAUCAAGUCCCGACUUUUUUACCGUAUCGCAUUUCCCUGUUCCAAGGCAGCCAGUACAAACCCAGGUUCCUCCGAUUCCUUCAGGACCUCAGCGACCUGCUGUCCCACCUCCACCAGCUGUCUGAAACAUCUCUUGGGAGCCCUCAACCACUGCUGACAAGUAAUUGGUCUGAAAAAGAUGAAAGAUUGCAAUCCUCCAGUCCUCUCCUUGUGCAGCCAAAAAGCCUUCUCAAAGCACACACCUCUGGAAAAGACUUGAUACUAAGAGGCACCAAGCACAGAUUUUGUAACAUCCCACGGUUUUGCUAGUCGCUGCUGGCUGUAUUUGUGCCUCUUCUACCUCACCUCUUGUUUUUUUUUCAGUCAGAAGCCCGAAGUUCAACUCUUGUUAGAUUAAAUCUGUAACAGCAUCAGAGAACAGGACUCUUCUGAAGUGCAGCCUUACUUGCAGGCCAAAGAGAAGUGCAUUCAGUUAUUCACAGACAUAAUUUAUUCACCUCUAGUCGUAUGCUGCUGUGGAAGUGAGAACGUAGAUUGAUCUCUUGCGAAGUCUGCAGUAUGUCUGCCUGCUGGACCAUCUCUUCAGCCAGGUGCUGAGGGGACCCCCGUGGCACCAGCUGAAGGCAGCUGUACCCAGCCUAUCUGUGCUAUCUGUGUUACUUUCCAGUUCAGGUAGUCUGUAGAAGUAACCUUAUCCAGGGAGACUAGCAAUGGAGAAAAGCUCUGCAGAUGAUGUAUUUAAAACAAACAAGCCAUCUCUCUUAAAACAUGUGGUAUAUCAGGAGAUACAUUAUGCAAUUUAACAGUGUUGCAAUGUUUACUGGUCAUUACAGCUUGCAAUUUUUUGCUAUAAACUGAUUCCACUACAAAAGCAACAGAUAACUUUCGUCAUUCUAAGUGGGACAAUUAGAAAAACAGUACGGAUUGCAAAGGCAAUGUAUAGAAGUUACAUGGUUUGUCAAAAUGGCAACUCAUAAACGAAGUUACGAUGCAGAGAAAAACUCACUGGCAAGAACAAAGUUGUGGAUACUGCUCAGUCUGUACGUCGGGCAGUAAACCACACAAUGGCCGUCCUCAUGCAAACUUUGGGAAUGUGAACUGUCAUAAAAGAGUGGAUAAAUUAUGGAAUCACCUCACCAAGAGAGUAUUUCUAAUUCUUUAGGUGGCCAUUUCACCAAAGAGCCGGAUGAAAGAACCCAAAAUCUGCACUGGCAAGGAGUGUCCUCCAAAGAAGUGUCGCCCUUCCUUAAUUCCUCAAAAUCUUAGAUUAUUAUUAAAUAUUCCUAUCGUUUAGACCUUAUUAA